UGUCGGAAUACAGGACAAUUCGGGUUUGGAUGAAGCGGGACAGCGGCCAGUACUGGCCCAGCAUCUACCACGCGAUGCCAUCUUCAUGCUCAUGCAUGACCUUUAACCCGGAGACCAGGCGUCUGCUGGUGGGGAUGGAUACAGGAAAUGUUUUCGAGUUCAUUUUAUCCGAGGAUUACAACAAGAUGACUCCCACACACACCUACCAGGCCCAUCAGGGUAGAGUGACGGUGGUUUUGUUCGUUCUGGAGAUGGAGUGGCUGCUGAGCACAGGCCAGGACAAGACCUUCACUUGGCACUGCUCAGAGAGCGGGCAGCAGCUGGGAUCAUACCACACCUCAGCCUGGGUGUCUGGACUGCAAUUCGAUGUCGAGACUCGACACGCCUUUGUCGGCGAUCAGUCGGGUCAGGUGACCAUCCUGAAGCUGGAGCAGGACAGUUGCAGCCUGGUGACCACCUUCAAGGGCCACACCGGUAACGUGACCGCACUGUGCUGGGACCCCGCCCAGCGGGUUCUGUUCUCAGGCAGCUCCGACCAUUCCAUCAUCAUGUGGGACAUCGGAGGUCGCAAAGGCACCGCCAUCGAACUGCAAGGGCACAACGACAAGGUGCAGGGCUUGUGUUACGCCUCGCACACUCGCCAGCUCAUCUCAUGUAGCGCCGACGGCGGCAUCGUCAUCUGGAACAUGGACGUGACACGACAAGAGACUCCGGAGUGGCUUGACAGCGACUCGUGUCAAAAGUGUGAGCAGCCUUUCUUCUGGAAUUUCAAGCAGAUGUGGGACAGCAAGAAGAUUGGGCUACGCCAGCAUCACUGCAGGAAGUGCGGCCAGGCUCUGUGCGGCAAGUGCUCGUCCAAGCGCUCCACGAUCCCGCUCAUGGGCUUUGAAUUCGAGGUGCGCGUGUGCGACGGCUGCCACGCCUCCAUCACAGACGAGGAUCGUGCCCCCACGGCCACCUUCCACGACAGCAAGCACGCCAUCGUGUACUUGCACUACGAGCCCACCACAGGAUGUCUGCUCACCUCCGGCACUGACAAGGUGGUCAAGCUUUGGGACAUGACGCCCGUGGUAUCAUGACGUCGCCCCUCCAGCCAGGAAAAGCUCCACACGCCAACCGCGAGAUGGCAGCCGUCGGCCUCGAGCAGGACGGGAAGGGAGGGGGGCGCCAUUUUGGAUGGUGGUCUUUCAUGGGUAGGGGGCCCUGUAAGCUCCGCGCAAGACGUGUGUACAGUUUGUGAUUAUUUAUUAUUUAAGUGUGUGUCAGGGCAAUCGCAGCAUGAGACACACACUCAUGAAUCAUCCUCACCAUCAGCUGUGAUUUGAUGCCAAUGUUACUGUGCAAUUGUGGAAAAAAAAAAAAAGAAAACGGGUGUUAAGGCACUGGAGUGCUGUCUCGAGAUGGAAAAUAUACAGCAAUGUUCUUUGAUAUUUUUGAAAAUGUAUUCGUCAAUGGUCUUCAAGGGAUCUGUCAUGCGCAUGACACGAAGCACCUACGGUAAGAUCAUUUCCAUCCAUAAAACGUGAAAGGGACCAAAAUAAAGCUUGAAAUUUUCUGAACUUUUCAAGUCGUUUCAAGAACUGUAGCCGCAAAGCCCAUCAAAAAAAGUUCCGGGACCUCUCCAAAGUUCUACCUAGAUGUGGUUCUAGUUCAUUUCCGGCAAGGAAAAAGAGAAAUUGCAUGAGUAGAUGUAGAAUUCCAACUAACCGGUCAGCUUCUUAUGCGAAACGAAACAAAAAGAAUAACAUGGCUGAAGAGAAAAAUACAUGAUCCGACCUGAAUUCCUGUUGCUAUCCCAGAACUAAACCCUAAAUCGGUUCCAAUUUCUCUUGUUAGUUUUCCUUCUGUCGAAAUGCGUUACAACCAACUUACCUGUUGAGGCACUAAGCAGCAGGGGGUAUGGUAGCAAAAGUGAGGAAUGUGAUUGAUGGACCUCCCGAAAGCACUGAAGAGCAGGGUCCUUUUUUCGGUUCAACAAACUACACUAAAUAAAGGAUUGUAAGUCAAGUGGUAGUGCACCAAAAAGAAGGGAUGGUGUUGUGUGCUGAUGGAUGGAAAUGAGCUGCAAUCGUUAUACCUACUGAGUCUUACCAUGUGAGUGUGAUACUCGAUUAACUUGCUUUACAAUUGGGGGACUUUCUUCAGAGGCAUUAUAAAAAAA